UCGGAGGUAUCUAUAAACAGUAUCUGCAAGCUGUUGCUCAUGCCCUGUUGCCAUGGAAGCCCCGAGUAAAAACUAAAAAUAAACAGAGGAAGGGAUUUGUGCCUGCUACUUGGAAGGAAAGAGACUGUCGACAGAAAACUUUGGGUUACGCUUGGAGGAAAUUAAUAGAAAGCUUUCCGAAACAUCUCCCAUAUCCUCCAACUCUGGGACAAAUGGCAAGCAAUACCAUGGAACCAUCACAGGACCUCUCCUUAGUGCCAGAAGUCCGACUUCAGCAGAAGUACUGGAUAGCAGAGGAGAGUAAAGCCAAAUUGUUGAGUGCCGGUGCCAAAUGCUUGGGUACAGUCAUUCAAAGUGAGCAUUACUACGACACUGCUUCAGACGAACUAGCAAUGGCCGAGUUGUGGCUAAGUCAAAGAAAUCAACAGUGGAGCCUUAUAGUGGGAUCUCAGAAGCAAACUACUGAAUCAGUCCCUAAGAUAUGGGAACUUCCAUGCUUCCAUGCUAACACUCAACUCACAGUUCACAAAGACAUAGAUAAGAUACAAAUAAAGUUGGCAUUGCUUAAUAAUCAAAACAAUCACCAGCAUGAUUCCAAUGAAUUUCGAGUUAAUUCUACAUACACAGAGAUUGUGAAAGACAGUGACAUAAUUGCAUAUCUGGCAGAUUUCUUUAACAUAGAUUUGGAGGCUGAAGGAGGAGGGAACAUGGGCAUGGAAGACUUUUUGCGGAGAGCAGGGAUCCAGCAUUAUGCAACCAAUCAUAUUGUUAAUCAAGCAACAUAUCAGCUGAGUAACAGGUACACGAUUAUAAUUCAAAGGAACGAAUACUCUUUGAAAGAGUCUGCAACUGUCCUGCUUGAUGUAGACAUCUCAAACAUCUGCAAAGGUUUAGAAGACAUUGAGAAGUUGGGAAACUACCUGGGAUUUAUUCAAAGCGAGCAUGCCGAAUCAGACAACAUGACCACAAAAUCUUCCAGCUUUCAAACAAGGGCCAACUAACAUCUCCCAACAAAGGAUUCCCCCAGGCAGGAAGCAGCCAGGCCUUGAACCUAAAAGGCCAUUCAAUGCUAAUCAAGCUGGCCAAUUGCAACAUUCACACUUGCCUCCAACAGACAGGAGUUCUUUCUCCCACCCUGAACAUUAUUCCAUAGAUAUAUAAACCUCCCUUGCCUAGUUUCCAACAGACCUCACAAUCUCUGAGGAUGCCUACCAUAGAUGUGGGCAAAAUGUCAGGAGAGAAUGCUUCUGGAACAUGGCCAUACAGUCUGGAAAACUCACAGCAACUGAAUCUUAAUAGUUAGGUGUAGGUAAAGGUUUCCCCUGACAUUAAGUCGAGUCGUGUCCGACUCUGGGGGUUGGUGCUCAUCUCCAUUUCUAAGCCAAAGAGUCCAUAGACACCUCCAAGGUCAUGUGGCCACUGGCAUGACUGCACGGAGCGCCAUUACCUUCCCGCCGGAGUGGUACUUAUUGAUCUACUCACAUUUGCAUGUUUUCGAACUGCUAGGUUGGCAGAAGCUGGGGCUAACAGCAGGUGCUCAUUCCGCCCCCCGGAUUCAUUAUCCGUAGAUGCCUCCAAAGUCAUGUGGCCGACAUGACUACAUGGAGCACCGUUAACUUUUCGCCAGAGCAGUACCUAUUGAUCUACUCAUAUUUGCAUAUUUUCAAACUGCUAGGUUGGCAGAAGCUGGGGCUAACAACAGGUGCUCAUUCCGCUCCCCGGAUUCAAACCUGCAACUUUUUGGUCCACAAGUUCAGCAGCUCAGCGCUUUAACACACUGUGCCAAUGGGGGCCCCUUUCAUAAUAAUUAUUUAGAUAUAUUAUUAUGAGAACGCAUCAAUACUUAUUAUUUGUGCCUUUAAAAACAUUAAGCCCAUUUAUGUGUGUAACGGAAUUCUCUACAGCAGGAAAAUUCAGAUUUAUGGCAAUAGCAGCAGUAUAACUAGUGUCAGCAGUAAUCUAUGAAUAGCACACUUAAUAGUUGCUGGGGGAGAGAGGCAUUCAAGGGAGCGCUGCCGAAAUCAACUGCUUUAGAUUUGGCUCUGCAUUUAAAAACUGCACAGGUGGCUGUGUGAUAGUUCAAUUAAAUAAAUCCGUCAACUAACCAGACUUAAUCUUUUCAUUCAGCAAUGCUGCAGAAAAACAGGAUGUCUUCAGAAAAUAUCUGUCUUUGGCAAACAGGGAUCCUGACAACUAUUUGCCAUUUCUUGCAAAUUAAUACAUUAUGACUUCAUAGGAUUCUGGCACCCAGGAUGUGCACAUUCAGCCACUCUUAUUACUGUUAAAAUUCAGAGCAGAAAGGCUGCUGGAUUUGGCAUUUCUUCAUUUAACAGUUUCAGAUGCUGACAUUUUUGAAUACAUGUUUAAUUGACGAGUCUCUGCUAUUUCGUAAAUUGUCACCUUCAGCACAUUUAAAUCUGAAAUUCAACUUUCAUUGUUAUGUCAGCAUUUCACUUCUUAGGCACUACUGUAAGAAUGCCAAAUAAUUUAGAGAAGGAGCACUACCUCAAUAAUACCUUAACCUGGGAACAACAAAUAUUUACAGGACCAAGUCCAACUAUAAGUCCCAUCAAGAAUACAGAAUCAAUGGAGAUUUGGUAAAUCAACAAUCAAGCCAUAUUGUCUGGGAUUUAUGAACUGUAGCCUGACUUCUGCGCUUAUAAUUUCUGAUUUCUAAAUGUUUGGAGCUAAAAAAAACAAUGCUUUGACAACUGAGCAAGGAGAUCUUCUGCUUGGGAAAUGUCAAUACUGUAUAUCCUGGCGCAUUCUGCCAUACUGAAUUUGGCUAUUGUAUUAGAGGUUGCACUGAAAUAUUUUAUAACAACACAUGCAAUACAUAUACACCAGUUUUUUUCCGUGUCAGGAGCAAGGAGAAACUGCAAGUCGCUUCUGGAGUCAGAGAAUUGGCCAUCUGCAAGGACGUUACCCAGGGGACGCUUGGAUGUUUUGACUAUCCUUGUGGGAGGCUUCUCUCAUGUCCCCGCAUGGAGCUAAAGCUGAUAGAGGGAGUUCACCAGUGGUUCCAAACCUUUUUUUUUUUGACCAGGGACGACUCUCUAACAUUAGUAGGGUUGCGAAUUUUUUUUUUUUUUCGUGAACUUUAGCUUCAGUUUGGUUAUCUAGGGUGCCGAUUCAAAAAAUUGCAUUGGAUCUAGUUUCUGAUACAGAAUAUAUGCCACCCAGUAGUCGCCAUCUGCCCGCUCACAGAAAACUAUAUUUAAUAAUAUAAAUCUGAUGUGGUCUAUCCAAUGCAAAUUUCUGAAUCAGCACUCCACAUAACCCCAGAAAAAGGCCUAAAAAUGAAGACAUCAAGGGGCUUCCACUUCCAGGCACCACAUGAAAUGGUUCCAUUCAGGUGGAAGGAGGAGGAGGAGAAGCAGCAGUCAGAAGGCUUGUUGUCGCACGUUUUCUGGGUACUCAUCCCUGUUGCCUCGGCACUAUAAGAGGGUUUCACGAGACCAACCAUGCUCAUUACAACAAUGUAGUAACGGUGAGGCCGUGGACCAUAUUUUAGUUCUUGGGGAGCACUGGUGGUCCAUGGACCACAGGUUGGGAGCCACUGAUUUACACACUAUGUUGGCACUAUAUAAUGAAAAUAUAAGUGAAUGUAUGUAGGGCCAGAAUCUGUAUAAUCUCUGAGAGAAGGCAGCAUAUAAAUGAAAUGCAUUCAUUUUUAUUUAUUUGCUACAUUUAUAUCCCGCCCUUCUCACCCCGAAGGGGACUCAGAGUGGCUUACAAAUUAUAUGUACAUACAAUAUAUUGUAUUAUUAGCAUAACACAAUAUUAGCAUUAAAUUACUAUACUGUACUAUAUCACUAUAUGGUAAUAUUAUUAGUAAUAUUGCAUGUAAUAUAUAAUAUAUAAUUAAUAUUAUAUUGUAUUAUUAUGAUUAGUAUUGCAUUACAUUAUAAUAUUAUCAAUAUUAUACGUACAGUAGAGUCUCGCUUAUCCAACGUAAACGGGCCGACAGAAUGUUGGAUAAGCGAAUAUGUUGGAUAAUAAGGAGAGAUUAAGGAAAAGCCUAUUAAACAUUAAAUUAGGUUAUGAUUUUACAAAUUAAGCACCAAAACAUCAUGUUAUACAACAAAUUUUACAGAAAAAGUAGUUCAGUACGCAGUAAUGUUAUGUAGUAAUUACAGUAUUUACGAAUUUAGCACCAAAAUAUCACGAUGUAUUGAAAACAUUGACUACAAAAAUGCGUUGGAUAAUCCAGAACGUUGGAUAAGCGAGUCUUGGAUAAGUGAGACUCUACUGUAUAUACAAUUGAUUAUAUUUUAUAUUAUUAUAUAUUAUAUUGUAUAUUAUAUACAAUAUAUGUAUAUGUAUGUGUGUGUGUGUGUGUGUGUGUAUAUAUAUGUAUUAGCAUAGCAUAAAUGAAUGAAUAAAUAAAUAAUAUCCUUUUGCCUCA